AUGACGUUUCGUAUCGCCCUCAUCAGCAUGCUUAUGCUCGCCCUCUCCUCCGCGCUGUCCGUCUCCAGCCGAGCUGCGGAAGGCGGCGGCGACCCCGUCGCCGAAUGCGGUGCCCUCGGCGUCAUGACCUUUGACCCCGCCGACCUCCCCGACGGCGUCUUGCCGAGCGACGUCCGCAAAUGCCGUGACCACCCGCUAGGCAGGAACAGGAGCCUCGAGAGUGGGUCUCUGGCGCCGCCCGCUGCGAUAAAGGGCUCGCUUUAUAACAGUACGAGCGACACGGACACGGAGGCGGAGGCGGAGACGGACACUAACAGGGACACCACCCCCGUGGAGACUCGCUCGGACCUUGACCUCGAUCUCGACCCUGAGGUUAACCUCAACGUUGGCACUCGCGAGCAAGCGGCAUGUGAAUGGAAAGCAGAGUACGGGUGCCCUGGUAGCGGGUAUUGCUGGAAGACGUGCGGGAAACAGGGCGAGUGGUGCUGGACGGCGACCAAGGGCGGGAUCGGCUCUUGGAUCACGUGUAGUACGUGGAGGGACUGCGGGACUCACACCUAUGCGUGUGCGAGAGGGUUGAGUCUGUCCUUCGGGUGUAGUGGCUAG